GAUUGCUCUAGUGUAUUUAAAACAGCUGUAUGUGUGUCGGGCGAAUUGUUGAUUCGAACAAAACAUACAUAAAGACGCAAUUUUUUACAGAUUUUCCAUCAAUGUUCUGUUAAAUGCAAUACAACCGGCUCCGGCGUUUGGAACGCGUUCAUCAGAAGACACAAACGGUGGAGCAGCGGCAGCGGCAGCAGAUCGGGCAGCAUGAACAAAGUCGGCAAGCACAUCCAAAGCGGCGUCUCGGCAAUCGGCGGUGGCAGUCCUGUGGCUCUCUCAACAGCAUCUCUGCUCGGCUCUCCAAUAGAAAGUGAAACUGUGGUGUCCGGACCUGGUGCCGGCAAUGCAACGAAUGUGUUCAACUCGAUCAUGAGCUUCCUGCCAGACAAUCGGCCCAUUACCUCGCUGCACAUUGUCGAGGAUUUUGAGCGCUGCCCAAAGAACUUCAGUGCCAUUAAUCGCACCUAUGACCAGGAUGCAGAUGCAGACCUAUGGCGCGACUAUAGCAUUUUCGGACGCCAGAAUACCCGCUAUCUGUGCCUCUCCAAGUCCGAGGGCCUGCCCGACUAUGUGGUGGAGACACUCCAGGUCAUUGCGGACAAGACGACUCCGCCGAAGGAGUUCUCGCUGCUCUCGCGCACAGCUGACAGCGACCAGAAGGCCUGGCGGAAACGGCAAAUCGCCUACAAGCUGUCGAAGCGGGGAACUGUGACCCAAGCGGUGACCGACAUCAUUCUCUGCUCCAAGCUUAAGGUGGCACCCGACGGAUUCAAGCUGGCUGGCGAUAUCAAUGGUGUGCUCAUCUGCUACAAGACGGGCGCCAUUCCCGUACGCUUGCCGCCGCCAGUGCCAGCUGUAGCUGCAACCGCUGGAGGCGGCGUCUGUGAGGUGGAACAGGCCCUCAAUCGCCUCAACCUGCAGGGGCAGCGACACUCGCGCGGACCCCUGCCGCAGCCACCAACAUCAGAGCAUCAUGACUAUGAGGAGAUUCAGGCCAAUUAUCAAAUAAAUUCGCCACAGCGCCCGGCACCGCCACGUCCAGCGGGUGCCAAUGCCAGUGGGGUGGUGGGACGUGCGGCCUAUGGCGGAACAGGAACACUGGGAACCUAUACAGAACUGGAAGGGGUUCCCUUUGUGAUGGAUGUCAGGCUGCAUCGGAGUCAGCCAGAAACUGAUCUACCAAUACUGCCAGAGCUGACAACGCUGCUUAGAUCGUUGGACUAUGAUUUUCAAUUGGAACGUCAGGUUCUGUGCACCAUGAAGUCUUCGGCCUCGAAGAAUCCAUUCUUCAAGUAGAUAAUCCCGAUAA